AUGGAGGUGGCGUGGGAGCGAGGAGCGAUGGUGCCAGGGAGACCUGCGGAGGGGUCUUUCAGCUCAACUGCCGCUCACACUGCUGCUGUUGCUUGCUACUUCUGUUCCCUACCAGCCCCGUGUCCAUCCUUACAGUCACUUGUUUUCUCAUGCCACUCAUGCCACGGUGCCACCACUGCUGCAGCAGGAGCAGUAGCCGUGACGUUCUCAGAUCCCCCCACUCCCCCCCAGUCCCCCCAGGCAGGCGAAGCUGCACGUCCUGCUGGGUGCAGCAUGGUCAGCCUCUCCCUCAUCGCCCUGCGCCCAUCUGCAUUCACCAUCCAGCAGCACGGGAUCGCUCACCUGCACCCUCAUGAACGGCCAGAAACGGCAAGCCAGCAGCAGCGCAUCUGCCUCUGCCACCUAACUCCCCACACCCUCCUACUUACAAUCUACUUCCACCGAGCGGAAAACAAGAACCCUUCCGCCUUCUUCCAGCUCCCUCCUCUCCUCCACUUCCCACUCCCCCCAUCCUCGUCCCCCUCCGUUCAUAUCCAACUCGACCUCCCUAAUCCCUCUCGUCCCUCUCCUCUCGUCCUCUCCCCCAUCCCACCCCCACCCCCCCCUCCCCGCCUCUCCUCUCACCCACUCCUCUCCCCCUCUCCUUUCGCCACCUCCUCGUUCCCCCUCCUCCUCUCUCCCCUCCUUUCCCCCUCACCUCCCUCUCCCACGCCCCUCUCCCACAUCCUCCCGUGCUCGACACCCCCUUCUCAUGAAAACAACACAACACUCCACACGUCUGCAUACCCCUCAGCACCCACUGCCACUUGCCACACCACGCCAAACGAAAGGUCCUGA